AUGCGAGUUACCAAGCUAAAGUUCAUUGAUGACGCAAAAAUGUCAUUAGCAUCGCAUCUGCUCCAGCGUCAUUUGGUGUGGAAGUUUGUUCAAGAAAAAGAUAAAGGGACCAAAUUGUCUUUUCUCAAAGAUAUUCGAUUUCAUUCUGGUAAAUUUGGGAGGCCUUAUUUCAGGAGUUCUCCAGAAUCAGAUUAUGUAAUUGACUUCAAUAUCAGCACUGUUUCGGGUCGUGUGAUUAUAGCACAUAUUGUCAGAUCCAAAAAUUGUUCUGAAAGGCUAGAAAAAUCAAUUCAAGCGCAAACAGACUGUCCUGUUCUUGGAAUUGAUCUGACAGAUCCGCCAUCACUACAAUCAGCUGAAUGGAUGGAUGAAUUCGCACCAAUGGUUUCAACUCCAGACGAAUUACUGGCCAUCAAGGCUGCGUCGUCAAUUAAUAUUGGUAUUUCAGACAUCGAUAGAACCCUUUUAUCGGGUAUAUCUUUAGCUAUUCGGUGGGCGAUCAAAGAAUCUUAUAUUAAAGGAAUUGGUGCAGGGCUGGUGGGUGCUGUUGACAUAUCCCAAGUGGAAGUGGAUAAGGAAUCCAAUGACUCCAUUGAUAAACUCGUUAUAGACGAGUAUCUAAAACAGGCCAGGUCAGCUGCGUCGCAUAAAAACGGGGGCGAUAAUUUUAGCGUAAGCAAGUCCAAUAAUAUCACUGCAAAAUACUUUUCUGCUCAGAAGGUCAUUGUUGCAUCAUCUGAGCAGGCUGAUUGGAGAGUGAAGAUAUUUACUUUUGAUGGAAUAAUUGCUGCCAUUAUGCUACACCAAGAUAUAUGUGUAUCGGAGGAGCCAGAAUUGAAUCUCAACAGACUUGCACUACAAACGAUAUUAGACGACAUUGCCACUUCUUGCUAG